GUGCAAGGGAGCAUCGAGAACGGGAGAAGAACUCCUUACUUUUUAUGGACUAAGUGAAUCAAGUGAACUUAAAGUGAAGUGCAAUUGGACGAUUCAAGUUGGUGCAAAAAUAAUACAGUGAUUAAAGGCGAAAGGAUUGAACAAGAAGUGCAAUAAAACAAUUAACAAUGAUUCCCAACCUUCUGCUCGGGCCCCUCCUGCUCUGCCUCGGCAAGAUCAGCACCACCCGUGCCGAACUUCCCCGAUCCGGCUUUUCCGGCUACAACUACCCCAAACCAUCGAUCCCGUUCAACCACGGUUACACAUACACCAAACCAAGCUGCCCGCUGGUUCUUCCUAGCACCAGCUACCUCACCGCAACGGUCACCGAAACCAGCGUCGUAAUGACAACCCUCCCUCCGCUGACCACCACAGAAGUCCAGCUGUCCACCUCGUUCGUAACACUCCCCCGAGUUACGGAGUACUCAACCCAAACGCAGCUGCAAACGUUGACGCUCACUUCAACAGACUACCUCACCUCGACGACCACGGAGUUCCAGAUCCAACCGACCACCAUCACUUCGUACCUCACGUCCACGUAUUGCGCCCCCAAUACGUACCUUCCACCGGAGCCACCAAAGAACACCUACCUCCCAGCGGCCACUCCCCCUCCACCACCGUCCAACACGUACCUCCCGGCCCAGCGCGAGUCCAACAUAGAACUGACCACUCCAAACAGCUUCCUGCAGAGCUUCGGCUUUGCCCAGGCUGGACCCAUCAAGCGGAUGACCGAGGACAUCCAGGCCAACGGGCUAGACUCAUCACCGUCAGCGGAUCCACUCAAGCUUGACCUCGCCUCCGACAGUAGCGAGCUGACCUUGACCAACAUCGGGGCACCACCGACCGGGUCUUCCGGCAAUUCUACGCUUCAGCCCCCAACGAUCAACAUCAUCUACCUGGAUCGAGCGGGUGGUGGAGAUCAGCAGUCGGAACAACCGAAGGCACCCCCGGCGGACCUCAUGAACUGGCUGCUCUGUCGGUUCAAUCUAGUCAACAUGACCUGUCUCAACUAACGAGGGAGGGCCUGGUGAUCAAAAGAGGUUUCGUUUCGAGUGUACAUUUAGGGUUGUGAAUGAAUGUGGCGAAGUGAUAAAGCUAAAAUUUGAGAAGAAAUACGCCAAGGCGU